AUGAACAAGGAAGAGAUUCUGGAUGGCAUUCUGGGCUUGUCGCUGAUGGACGCCGCCUGGAUCGUGAAGGAACUGGAGGACAAGCUCGGCGUCAGCGCGGCGAUGCCCAUGGCGGCCAUGGCCGUGGCGGCUGCCCCCGCUGCUGAGGCAGCUGCGCCCGAGGAAGAACAGACGGAGUUUAACGUAACCCUGACCGAGAUCGGCGCCAACAAGGUCAACGUCAUCAAGGCUGUCCGUGAAGUGACCACCCUGGGUCUUAAGGAAGCCAAGGACCUCGUCGAGGCCGCACCACAGGCCGUCCGUGAGGGCGUGAACAAGCAAGAGGCCGAAGAGGUCAAGACGAAGAUCGAGGCGGCGGGGGCGAAGGUUACCGUCUCCUAG